AGCAUUAACAUAAUUUGAUACCAAUUGAUCCCUGACUCCAAUAACUGUCAUCUCGGUUUUAAUUAGUCGCGGAGAAUCGCGACCGACAUCCAUUACAAUUUAAAGUUCAGAUUCGACGAGUGCUAAAUUACAGACCGGAGACAAUAAGGAUAAUUAUAAUCAUUGUUGCCGCCGGGCAAGCCGGAAGUGACGUCAUCUAUUCUGUAUUCUAGAUGCUUAAUAGGUUUUUUGCUAAACUCCGUCAGAAAAAAAAAUGCGCCAAUUCGCUGCUUUGAGCAAGUCACUAUCUAUUUUUAAAAGUAGCACCGAAUGCACUCUUGAAGGUUAGGUUAAAAAGCACGUGUUUGUAUCACGGAAGGGUUUGCGGCGAAAUUGAUUUACUGAUAUAUAUUAGAAGUAGGAAGACAGGAGUGUAAAGAGAGGACAAUGAGUUAUAGCAGGGGAGAUUAUCCUUACGGCGAUAAAAAUGGUGUCGUACAGCCUUUGCAACAUGGAGAGGAAGGCGAAAGGUCCAAGUUGCAACAGCCUGUGAAGUUGCAGCCGUCUUGGGAAGAAAACAAUUUGCCGGAAGACGAGCUGAAUUUUAAGAACCUAACCAUGGAUGAUGCUAGUUUGCAAUUAAACACACCCCCAGACAGAUAUAAUUUAGUGUAUUUAACGUUUUUGAUCCAUGGAAUUGGAGUUUUAAUGCCUUGGAAUAUGUUCAUCACUGCCGACAAGUAUUUUACAGAACACAAGUUGUCAAAAGAAUAUACCGGCGAGUCUUCGCCCUACGUGACGAAUUUUAUGCAAUAUCUUACUUUUGCGGCCCAAGUUCCUAAUGUGUUUUUCAAUUGGCUUAAUAUUUUUAUACAAAUUGGUGGUAAUUUGACCACGAGAAUAGUUUGGAGCAUUAGUAUCGAAGUAGUCGUUUUUAUAGUAACAGUUAUACUUGCAAUGAUAGACACAAGUUCUUGGCCAGUUACAUUUUUUUGGAUUACUAUACUGUGUGUGAUUGUUUUAAAUAUGGCUAAUGGUAUUUACCAGAACACCAUUUUUGGUAUGGCCGCUAAACUGCCAGGCAAAUACACAGGAGCUGUGGUUUUAGGCUCUAAUAUUAGUGGGACUUUCACAGCCGUAGUCUCACUAUUAACUACCACAAUGAUUUCCAAUGCGAAAAUGGCCGCUAUUUACUAUUUCAUCACAGCGCUGUUUGUACUGCUAGUCUGCUUUGAUACCUAUUUCGCCUUACCUUUAAACCGAUUCUACCGACAUCACGAGUUACGUGAAAAGAAAAACGCCGAACAAAGGAAACAAAUAAACCAAGGAAGGACCCAAAGGAUACCUUACCUAUACAUUUUGAAGAAAUCACUCCCCCAACUGUACAACGUUUUCUUCAUAUUUUUUGUAACCCUUUCGAUUUUCCCAGCAAUUCAAGCAAAUGUAAAACGUAGCGAUGAGAACUUUUUCAUUAGCGAUAAAUACUACUCGGGCGUGACCUGCUUUUUAACUUUUAAUUUAUUCGCCAUGAUUGGUAGUUACUUAACUAGUUUGUUCUGUUGGCCUGGCCCCAAAUAUCUUUGGAUUUUUGUAACUCUGAGAGUUCUUUACAUUCCGUUCUUCUUCUUUUGCAACUACCAGUUGAACGAAGUGGAGAGGCAUAUACCAGUUUAUAUUAAUAACGAUUGGGCGUACUGGAUAGUGGCAGUCACUAUGGGAUUGACUAGCGGGUACUUUAGUUCGUUGGCUAUGAUAUAUACGCCACGAACUGUGGAGGAUAGGUACGCCUCAACGGCAGGAAUGUUUGCCGCUGCGGCUUUAAUCACCGGUAUAUUUGCUGGUAUUCUUUCGACCUUCUUAUGGCCUUGGAUAAUCACGCAUGUCAAGUACUAGCAAAAGUGUUUGGUAUAUGAUACGGAAACGGAAUUAUCUAUACAAAUUUAGGUAGGAGUUUCUGUCAUAUGCCAUAGAAAUCUUCGCGAAGUCCCGAAUCAUAGUUCUUCCAUUAAGAAGAAUGUUGUUAAUUUAAACCUUCAUUUUUGUAUAUACUAACGCAUUAAAGCAUUUUUGAUUUUCGAGUGUUAUCCUUUAACUUAAAAGACAGUUGUUUUCUGAGAAAACCAUCAUUUUCUUUAGAACUGUUAGAUUUUUAUGUACUGUUUUGCAUUUUAAAGGAAGGCAAGACUGACCGUAGUGUUGAAGUUGUAGUUUUAGUACAAUCAGUUAGUUGUGUGAUUUUUCUUUUUUUUUUAAUAAAUUUCAUUUGGUGUUUAUUUCA